AAUGAAUAGAAUCGGUACUGUAUCAGUUUUGAUACUUUUUGCGUUGACUGUCAGUAUAAAAUGUGAACAAUCUGUUGUCGAUGUUGCGCAGGACAUUUACAGGACCUGUUUGCAGGAAUUCAGUUUUUCUUGUGUGAAACCUAAGGCCAAUCGAUGGGUAGAUGAAAUUUCCCGAAAAAGAUUUAUUAAAAUUACAGAAGAUUUGGGUCUUAGGAGAAAAAUUGACAGCGAAAAUGAGGUGGAAAGAGGACACCAGAAAGAUAUCAUCGACAGAUUUGAAGACUUCUUACAAUCUCACGAAAUUGUAGCCAAGUUACCUGCAAUACUACGUCCUAAUGGUCCAUUAGGUCAAUAUAUUCCCAGAAACUUUGAAGCUAAAGACAUAGCUGUACCUUUAGCAGCUACAGGUCGAUCAUCCAAACUUAUCAAACGAGUUAUAUUCCCAUUUUUGUUGGGGUUGAAAUUCAAGACCGCAAUCAUCGUUCCUCUUGCCUUAGCGCUGAUAGCUCUAAAAACUUGGAAGGCUUUAACGUUGGGACUGCUGUCGCUUGUACUGACUGGAGCGAUUGCUAUAUUUUCAAAACUUAUGGGACCCAAAGCUCCCGCUUACGAAGUACUUCAUUACCAACCACAUGUGCAGUAUCCACAUUUAGAUGUAUUGCCAGCUCCUCUGGCACCAGUUGCGCAUCCUGUAUAUCUCGGAAGGAGUUUGGAUGGACAGGAGUUGGCGUAUGGCUCAUAUUUGAAAUAAAGAAUGAAG